AUGUCGAAUAUCUACAUUACGGAGCCAAAUACGGAAGGCAAGGUGCUGCUACAUACAAGCUUUGGAGAUCUGGAUGUAGAGCUGUGGCCACAGCAGGCACCCAAAGCGUGUCGUAACUUUGUGCAGCUUUGCUUGGAAGGGUAUUAUGACCAUACUAUUUUUCAUCGGAUUAUCACCGACUUUAUGGUGCAAGGAGGUGAUCCUACGGGUACCGGUAAUGGAGGAGAGAGUAUCUAUGGAGGUGCAUUUAUUGAUGAAUUCCACUCUCGACUCCGAUUUAAUCAUCGUGGACUGCUGGCUAUGGCUAAUGAGAACAAACUGAACUCGAAUUAUUCGCAAUUUUUCUUUACGCUUGGGGCCUGUGACUUCUUGGACAAGAAACACACGAUAUUCGGCAAGGUGACUGGUAAUACUAUUUUCAAUUUGUUGAGUGUUGGAGAACUAGAGACGGAUGCACAGGAUCGGCCUAUUAAUCCACCAAAGUUAACAAGUGUGGAAGUGCUCUGGAACCCAUUUGAGGAUAUUGUUCCACGAGCUGUUAAACGCAAUGAAUCGACGACUGAGGACAGUGCAAAAAAGAAGAAGCGGGAGCGAAAGGCUACAAGAGACUUGAAAUUGCUCUCGUUUGGUGACGAAGAGGAGGUUUUUCAGGAAGAAACGAAUGACGAGGCCAAGAAGAAAAAGAAAGCUAAAACGAUGAUGAGUAGCCACGAUCUGUUAGACGAUCGCAAGCUGAAGUCAGAUGUGGAUGCUGAGGUGCUAAAAAGGGUCAUAGCUACGAGUGCUAAGGCGACCAGUGAGGAAAAGAAAGAGCGAGCACGAGCAAACCUGAAAGCAGCAGUCGCAGCGGCUUCUAGCAAGGAUGCUUCAAGCGAAAAGACGGAAGAUGCCGACAAAAGUACUAUCUCGAAGAACGGCGACAAAUUUUCUGUAGGCUCAAAGACCCAGGAGGAGGGCCAACAGGAGUAUGCUAAACUACGAGAGGAGCUACGGAAGUCGAAGAAGUCUGUUCCGCUCCUAAUGGGCGAAGAAGCAAAGAAGCUGGAAGAAGGCCGAGCUUUCCAGGAUAUGCUCACUCCGCUACAACAGCAGCGGCAAAAGUAUCUACAGCGAAAGAAGGCUAGCAAUCGCAGUGCACGAGAGCAAGACACACUUUUGAAACUGAAGAAAUUUCAGGCGGCGCUGGUUGAUGUGAAUGCGAAAACAACUAGUCCUGCAGAAGAUGCAAUCGAAGACACAACCAAGAAGGACGGCGCACAGAGCUACCAUGGCCAGAUUCUGGAAGACGAUGACGACAAUGAUGAUUCGAAUGCCGACAACUCGUGGAUGACUGCCAAGCUCAAGUUCAAGAAACAUAUUGAUGACCAAUUUCGUUCUGGUAACGAGCCAUCGACUGACGACUAUAUGACGAUCGACUCGCGCAAUGAAUUUGGCCAGGACUCUCGUGGUGAUUCAAGAAAAGACCGGUUUCAGGACCGACAGCGAGACAGCAGUCGACAAAGCCGCUACGAUCGUAUAGACCACCGUGGCGAAAACCGUCAUCAUCGCCGGCGGUAG